CCCAACCCACCAACCACAAACCAUUCCCCACCACCGCAAAAUGGCAGAAACUGUCCCAUUUCGCAGCCAAUUAUUACCCAGCUUAACCCUCAUUCUCUUGUCCAUCCUCCAAUCAGAUUCUGCCACGUCACGAAUAAUCCACCUUCCCAACCAAUCCGACUCCAAGAACUUCACCAUCUCCGUCAUAGACUUUGGCGCCGUAGGCGACGGCGUCCACUACGACACCGUUCCGAUCCAGACCGCCAUCGACUCCUGCCCUCCCACGACCCACUGCCGCGUCACGUUCCCACCCGGGACCUACCUAACUGCCACGCUCCGCCUCAAAUCCGGCGUCGUUUUGGACGUACAAAGAAACGCCACCAUUUUGGGAGGUACGAAAUUGGAAGACUACCCAGAAGAGAGUGAUAAGUGGUACGUGGUAUUGGCGGAGGAGGCAGAGAACGUGGGUAUUACUGGUGGAGGAGAGAUAAACGGGCAAGGGUUGAGGUUUGUGAAGAGGUUUGAUGAGAGGAAGAAUGUGAUGGUGAGUUGGAAUCGGACUGGGGCGUGUUUGGGUGAUGAGUGCAGACCCAGGUUGGUUGGGUUCAUUGGGUGUAGGAAUGUGAAGGUUUGGGAUGUCAAGUUGACUGAGCCGGCCUACUGGUGCUUGCACGUAGUACGGUGUGUCAACACAUCCAUUCUUGAUGUUUCUAUCUAUGGGAAUUUCGACAGUCCUAACAACGAUGGUAUAGAUAUAGAGGACUCCAACAAUACAGUCAUUACAAGAUGCAAAAUCAAUACAGGAGAUGAUGCCAUUUGCCCAAAGACAUCUACAGGUCCCCUCUACAAUCUAACAGCGACUGACUGUUGGAUUCGAACAAAAUCUUCAGCAAUUAAACUCGGCAGUGCUAGUUGGUUUGAUUUCAAGGGUCUGGUGUUUGACAAUAUCACCAUUGUGGAGUCUCAUAGAGGGCUUGGACUGCAGAUACGUGAUGGAGGAAAUGUGAGUGACAUAACUUUCUCAAACAUAAAUAUCAGCACAAGAUACUAUGAUCCGUCCUGGUGGGGGAGAGCAGAACCUAUCUAUGUGACUACUUGUCCAAGGGAUAGUAACACCAAAGCUGGUUCUAUCUCCAAUAUACAAUUUGUUAACAUCACAGCAACUUCUGAAAAUGGUGUCUUCUUGUCGGGAUCCAAAGGUGGAGUCUUGAGCCAUUUGAAAUUUGUUAAUGUGAAUCUUACCUACAGAAGAUGGACAAAUUAUGCAGACGGGUUGCUCGAUUACAGACCAGGAUGCCAAGGACUUGUUAAUCACAGCACAGCUGGGAUUAUGAUGGAACACAUUGAAGGUUUGGAGGUUGAAAACAUAAACAUGAGAUGGUCUGAAGAUAGGACUGGAAGAUGGAAUAAUCCUUUGUAUUUCAGGCCUUCCACUGUAAACAACAUUUCUUUUCUUAAUUUCCACUCAGGUUUGUACAAACUAUAAGGGAUGAGCUUGGAAUCGAGAUGAAACAAUUUUUCUUUGGCGGAAAUAAAAUUUGAGUCAGAUUCAAGAUUUAUUAUCGAGUUUUUUCUUUUUCUUUUUCUUCU